AUGUGUUUCGGCAGCAGGGAGGAUGUCGAGGCUAAGAGGUCUAAAGAGAUAGACGCUCUUAUCCACAAAGAUGAGAAGAUUAUGCAACGGCAAGUCAAGUUGUUACUAUUGGGUGCUGGAGAGUCUGGGAAAUCAACUAUUCUGAAGCAGAUGAGAAUUAUUUACACUAAAGAAGGUUUUUCGAAAAACGAAAAGGAAGAAUGGCGCAUUAUCAUCUUUCACAACAUCUUAGAUGGAUUGAGAAUGACAGUAGAGGCGAUGACUGAUUUCAACAUUCCUUUCGAGGACGAAAAUACCAGUCAAUAUGUCCCUAUGAUCACAGAAGAAAAGGACCUUCGACCACUCGAACCAAUCCCUUUCGAAUAUCUUAAAGCAUUCAAAGAUAUGUGGGCGGAUCCAGGUAUACAAAAGGCCGUCGACAGAGGGAAUGAGUUUGCUCUACACGAUAAUUUGGGCUAUUUCUUCGAGGAUUUAGACCGUCUCUUCAGCAAGGAGUUCGUCCCAACGGAUCAAGAUGUCCUUCGUGCGAGAUUAAGAACCACAGGUAUAACCGAAACAAACUUCGAUCUCGGAUCCUUGCAAUACAGAAUGUUCGAUGUUGGAGGACAAAGAUCGGAACGAAAGAAAUGGAUACAUUGCUUUGAGAAUGUCAACGCAUUACUAUUUCUGGUUGCUAUCAGUGGUUACGAUCAAUGUCUAGCUGAAGACAAGGAUGGAAAUCAAAUGCAGGAAGCUUUAAUGCUUUGGGAGUCAAUUGCCAACUCUCAUUGGUUCAAACACUCUGCAUUGAUCCUCUUCUUGAACAAGAUUGACUUGUUUAAAGCCAAGCUUAGUCACAGUCCAAUCACCAAGUUCGGCUUCUCCGAUUUCCAAGGAGAUACUACAAGCUGGCAACAGACGUCGAAAUAUUUCAUGGACAAAUUUGUUGCCUUGAACCGAAGCCCUGGACGUGAAGUUUAUGGCCACUUUACAAACGCUACCGAUACCGAUCUCCUCAAGGUCACUAUGAGUUCCGUGCAGGACAUGAUCAUACAGAGAAAUCUUCAAAAGUUGAUCCUUUGA